AUGGCCGCCUACCAGCUAGUGCUGAUCCGCCACGGCGAGAGCGCCUGGAACCUGGAGAACCGCUUCAGCGGCUGGUACGACGCCGACCUGAGCCCGGCGGGGCACGAGGAGGCGAAGCGCGGCGGGCAGGAUCGCAGGUAUGCAGACCUCACUGAAGACCAGCUGCCCUCCUGCGAGAGUCUGAAGGACACCAUUGCCAGAGCCCUGCCCUUCUGGAACGAAGAAAUUGUUCCUCAGAUCAAGGAAGGGAAGCGGGUCCUGAUUGCAGCCCAUGGCAACAGCCUCCGGGGCAUUGUCAAACAUCUGGAGGGGCUCUCUGAAGAGGCAAUCAUGGAGCUGAACCUGCCCACCGGCAUCCCCAUCGUCUAUGAGUUGGACAAGAACUUGAAGCCCAUCAAGGCCAUGCAGUUCCUGGGGGACGAGGAGACCGUGCGUAAAGCCAUGGAAGCUGUGGCCGCCCAGGGCAAGGCCAAGAAGUGAAGGCACGCCGGCCGACUGCUGUGCCAGGGACACCUGCCCUCCCUGCUCACCCUCUCCUCUGCACCGCUCCCCUGCACACGUCACACUGACCACACCUUACGUUGCCGCAGAUGGGGGACCACUGGCUCCCAUUUCAGCCAUCUUGUCCCCUACACCCUCUCCCUUCGUACAGGCCUAGUCUGAAUGGCACCUCUGGGCAUGCAUUCUCCUCAGCCAGGCCCAGGGAAGCCUUGCCUCUCUUCCCAGAGGGCAGGGACUCUGAUUAUGCCAGU